AUGAGCAGCAGAAACAAAAGAAGAGAAUACUACAGCAUGCAACUAACAUGUUCAUUGCUUUUUCUGGGAAUAUUUGUUAUCCCAGCCAUCUGUUGCCAUGGCCAGGUUGACCCCCUCGCCCUUGGCCGUGCAGAUCCCCAGUGCUGGGAGACAUCAACAGCUAUCCUACUGGAGAUGAAGAAGCCACGUAUCGCAGACACUGUGUCUGGCUUCUGGGAUUUAAUGAUUUACCUGAAGUCAUCUGAGAACUUAAAACAUGGAAUUCUGUUCUGGGACCUAGCACAGCUUUUCUGGGACAUUUAUGUGGACUGUGUGCUUUCUAGAACACAUGGCCUUGGGAGAAGACAGCUGAAUGAUGGAAACAAGGAAAUAACAAACUUAAUUUCACAUCUCACAUUAAGUAAGUUGCUUUUAGUACAUCUAGAGGAUAAUUCCUCAAGCCAAAUCCCAAAAGAGUCAGAUUUGAAGACAAAUACAUUAGAUUGUUCUAAAAUCUUUAAAGGCAGAUUUGAAGACAAUUCAGCAUUUUCAGAUCAUAAGAGACUUCCUGUAAUGUUGCUUAUGUGUGUAAAUAUAAAACUGUUUUAUUAUAUGCCUUGCCUUAUAGAGACAUAUUCCCAUGGUCAGAGAUCAAUACUACCACAAAAGAAAAGCCUCAUUGAAGAAUUAAUAGGUAUCCGGGUACACAAAAGUGAAUCAAGACUGCUGGGCAGUAUCCAAAGGGGCAUCAAGAGGAAAUAACCAAACACCUGAGAGAAAUGCAAGAUGCUGGAUCAGUAAAGUCCAUAAAAAGUCAUACCAUAAGUUGUUACAUUUCUUUUUAGACUCAGUUCACCAAUGUCAAUUAUAGCCUUAAUUUUAUACAGAUACUAAUAAACAGCUAAAGAACAGAAAUGAAUAUUCAAAAAAAGGUUUAAAAAUAGUUUUGUAAUGUUUCCUUGUAUUAUUAUUGUUCCUAACAUCAUUAAAUAUAAUUUGCUGCUAAAUAUCUUAGCACUAAAUUGUGGCGUUGUAAACAAAAUGGAAUGAAAUCAUUAUGAAAACAAGAAAGAGGUUUUCUCUUCUCCAAAUCAAGAAAGAUGAAAACUGCUGACACCACGCGGUUCUUUAACCUGCAGACACCUUUAUUGUGUAGAUCACUUUCUAUCUUUAUAACGGGAUUUAGUUUAUAACUGUCUUGGUAUUGUCUGAUUAUAUAUAACUACCUGCUACAGCUCCGUUUAAGGAAAAAAGAGGGCAGCAGUGUAGAAUCCCACAAUCCCUACACACAGUACAGUCUUCUAUAACUGUUCAAAGC